GGCUAAAUAUUUCAGUGUAAAAAAACGAAAAGGAUAACGCUGGUUCAUGACAAGAAAGUUUUCUGCGUAAGCAAAUAGCAAAUUUUUCGAUUUUGAAACCUUUUCUGCCCGUCCGGACGGAUUAGCUAAGUGCUUUUGUGUAAUGUGGUCCUGCCGGGCGUAAAAGUGAUAGUUGUUAGCUAGUCGUGGCAGUGCAAUGCCUUUUCUUUGGCCGCCAGCACCAGCCAGUCAGAAAAUGGGUGGUUCAAGUGCCAUGGAAAAACUCCUUGAAGCCCAGCAGCAACAAUUGGAUGACAUAACGAGUGAGUCGUCCUUCCUGGAGUUCCUCCGCAACGAACAAAGUUGCCUAGGUGCGGUCAUUUCCGGUGAUUGUGCCGGCAGUACGGGUAGAAAUAGUUCGGGUGAAGAUGUCGAUGUGGAUCGUAUUUUUGCACAAGUCAGCAAAUUGACUGGUGAAGUGGAAGACGAGAGGAGUGUGGACGAGAUUCUGCUUGAAGCGGAACAGUUGAUACGGAAGCAGCCUAUUUUUCGGAAGCUUGAUGAGAAUGGCGUUGGUCCUUAUGAAGCGGAUCAGCCCUCAAUUCACACGGUGACCAGUGCAAUGAAAGAUAUAUCGUGUGAAUCUACCCCAAUGGAAAUGAGGUGUGGUGUGUUGGAAGAGCUAGAGGCCAUUACACGGAGGGAAGAGGAUAGCAAAGAACUCAUCAAGCUCGCCCUGCAUCAGAACGCACCACAAGAUCCUGCAGAGCGAGAAACGACCCGCCGCCGGAGCUUCGUCAUCAGCACCACCGAGCAGCAGGACGACCAGGCCUAUCGUAGGCCACAUUCAGACCAAACCUAUACUCUGCCGGAGCCGGCACCGACGGUGCCAACAGACAUAAUGCGUACUAAAAGGACCAGCGCUUCCAGCACCACAAAACCGGCUACAGCCUCGGCGCGAGUUAAAUCCGCCACGCCAAAGAAACGUUCCAACAACACUAACCGACCAUCCUCGUCGAUUCCCCGUAAAUCGGUUGAAGAAAACAAAGAAAACCAACUACUUAGUCAAGCCCGCAUUCGGGACUUGGAGGAAAUCUACAAUUUGACGCUGAAGGAUACUUCGCUAGAAAGGAAAACGCCUUCUCCGCCGGCUGUUUUGGCAACUCUUAGCCGCGAGAAAACCUUUUGCGACAAGUCAACUGCUCCGUCGCCGACCCACACCGCUCCGAUCACGAGCAGCGAAUCUUUCAGCUGGGCAAAAGAGCGUGAGCUGGAGAGCAACAUCAGUGAACUACAGGAAAAACUAAAAGAUACCGAGGAGCGAUACGAAAGUCUAAAGAUCCAGUAUGACACUCUUUCGCAGGUACAUCGGACUCUACGGGAGAACCAUGGGGUAAUACAGGAGGAAAGCGACAAGCUUAAACUGGACGUACAGCACUUGACCGAGUGUGCAAAUGUGUUGAGAUCUGAAUUACAGGCAGCACGCAGCGAUCGGGACGCUGCGCUUGACCUGCAGAAAAUCCUGCAGUCCGAACUGGAAGAAUCCCGCCGAGAUAAGAAGCGCUACCAGGAACUGAACGAAAAGGACACCAAAACCAUACAGGACCUCCAGCGGCAAUGUCGUGAAAUGGAGCGAAUUUUAAUGCGAAAGCAUCCUGACUCGGUUUCUGCGUUGAUAGUUGCAAGCAAGCAUUCACCCAGCAGCAAACCGGCCGAGGAUGCAUCACUGACGCGUCGUCUAUUGGAGCAACGCAUUGCCCAGCUGGAAGCGGAUGCGAAGGAACAAGAUGCCAAGGCGCAAGGUAUUUUGGCAAAUGUGCAAGCCCGCUUCAAUUCCGUACAAGCCAAGUACGAGACGCACAUUGCCGAUCUCGAGAUGCAGGUGCUCAGUUUGCAAGAGAUUAACUCCAAGCUGAAUGAGAAAAUUAUCCGACAGAUGGAGGAACUCUCGAGCAUUACGAGCCACGCCGCAUCUUCGCUUACCCGAGGAGCGGCAGCUAGCAGCAACUGCUUUACGCAAACAGACGACAUUGCCGAAAAGGAUAAUAUUAAAACUCGCUCAAUUUCAGUGCAAACCGAUAAUAAGCUGACAGGUGGCGGGCAGCCGGGACGCGCUCAGUCUGCUACCGGUGGAACGAAACGUGUUUCCUCUGCUGGAGCGGGUGGGAAAAUACCGAAUUCUCUAUCGGAUUCACAGAUUCAGAAUCGCGAGGAUGCCCAUCUUUUAGCAACGAUCCGAGGAAUGCGAGUCGAUUUAGCAAUUAAAGAGAAGGCGGUGCAGCGAUUAACUCGUGAAGUGGAAGAUAGUAAGAAAACAAUUAAAAAACUGCAGAAGGAGCGUGAUGCGUACUUGAAAUCCGAUGGAAAGAUGGCCAUUGUCAAGGGGAAGGUCUAUGAUCCGUCUCAAUACUCGGAUGGAAUAACAUCCGACACAGGUGCUCUCAAGGACGCUCAUCUAAAGAUUAAGCUGUUGGAAGCGGAUUACAAGACUUUGCACGAGAAGAGGCUGCAAGAUCUCAAAACCCUCCAAGCGGCUCACGAGCGUGAACUUUCUGCCUGCCAUGAGUCGGUACGUAUCCUACAGCAACGUUUGGCUGAGCGGGAGGAGCUUUCGCACGCCAAAGAAAAGCGGCGACCAAAUCAUAAUAUUGAUUACUUUGCGCUUAAAGCGAAGGUAUCCUCACUGGAGCGCCGUCACACGGAGCGCGAGCAACGCUUGCACAUGUUGGUGGAAGCACUCAGCAAGGGAGGUAAGUUGAAUGGCGUUCAUAUUCGUGCCCUGACCGCCGGUGGUUGCGGUGGCGGGGCUCAUGGUGCUUCAAACACGGUAACAGUGGCAGCGGCAGCAUCCAUGAACAGUACCGGUAGUGCCACAAGGGGCGAUGAGGAAAACUGCAGCCCCAUCACGGCCCUGUCGGUGAGUGCUCAUCAGCAGCCGUUAAAUGCUGCCACUGUAGCAGGAAAUUUGUAAGAUUUGGCGAUUUGCCCACCUUUUGCGUUGUUUAACAAGCUGGUUUUAUUUAUACCGUUUCCAACUAGAAAACUUAGUAGUUCCGCAUAAAGGUAACUUUUAUAGUUCUGGUGAACGUAAGAUUCAAACAUUGUUGCUGGGUUCACAGUUACUAACACUUCAACGUCUAACCUAUAGUAACGUUUUCGGUCGUUCUUUCUUCUGCUUAGAAAAGUAGACUAACGUUGAAAAUAUCCAGUAGAAAUACAUAAAAGUAGUUGUAUCCUAACUUUCGUAUUUACCUAGCAACGGUUUUAGUCGAUAGAUGCAGGGAAACCCAUUUUUUCCAUAGUAAGAUUGAUGUUUUAAACCCUUUGGUAAAUUUUACUUGUUUAACUUUUUUAAAGUCAGUAAUUAGGUAUUCUAUUUUGGAGAAAAAAGUCACAAUAGAGGGAUAUAAAUCGGAUUAAAAAGCGUAGCCAAGUUAAUUGUGACCUGUAGGUUGUGGCAAACGAUUUUAAAGCGUGUAGGGGGAAAACGCAAUCAAUUAUUUCUUACAAAAAAUCAAUAGAGUAAGUGUAUUAGCAAUUAGUGUUUUAGCAGUUCUAUAGUAAGAAAAUUUAAUUUAUUUUUGGCAAUCAUUUUGCGUUUAUUAGCUUCAUGACAGAGUGUGUUAAAAUGUCCAUCGUAGUCGUAUAAGCAUUCAUUUGAUCUGAUCAAGUUUGAGCGUAUUUUAUGUUAUUUUAGUAAAACAAUUAUUCCGUGUCACUAAGCGACACUGUCCGUUUAAAUAGGACUUCACUGUUCGGUGAGGUAAGAUCUCGGUAGAUAUGCGUUGCUGUUUAAUGAAAGCUUAUCCACAUUUUCGCGCGCUUAGUGGCGGCUAGUGGGUACACUUAUAAUGUUUAUUUGCUUUUGGGAACUCCGCUUACGUACCCUUGGGCAAUAUAGUCUUAGCCACUCAGCCCUAUCAUCGAGCUAUCGAAACGAUGGCUCAAGUAGAGAAGAAAAAGAAGAAGAAGAAGACAUACGCUUGAAAGUUCUACAACAACAUUCAAGGCAGGAAAUAUCAACUUGACGUGAACAAAGUUGCCAAAGGCAUGCUAACGUUUACCGAAAGUUGUACCCACUAACCGCCAUUACGCACGCGAAAAGGUGGAUAUAUUAUUAGUUAUAAAAAUAACAAUUAGUGUUUAAAUCAUGAACCAUUCCGUUCACAAUUUUGCGAUCUCAGAGAGGAAGGCACGGUAUGCGAUUUAGUCAAUUCAUCCGUUCCAUAAAUGUGUUAUUCAUAAGCUUACUCUUAAUCGUAGCAUUUAGUAAUGAUAUUGGUGGUACCUACAUAGUUGUUUAAAGCGAAGAAAGAAAAAACUACAAGACAGAAGUCGAACGUGACAAUAGUUUUGGUAAGACGUUUAGAUUUAUUUUCGAAAUUUGUACAGCAAAUAGGUUGGAAAGAAAAACUUAUACUGGUUUUACAGUCAUACUUUAGUGUUUUGGAGAAAUCUAACGAAAACCGUACAUCUUCCUACCGUUUUGCAUUAGAGAAUAACUUCUCUAGCAGCCCAGCGAGAGAAGGGAAGUAAAUGAAAAACAUAUUCAAAUACAAAUAAA